UUUUUUGUUUAGAGCUGCUUGAAUUCUUAGUUAAAUUUCAGUCUAUUGUUGUAUGUAAAUUUUAUCUUUUCAACUAUAAACCUCGAGAUGGAUUUAUAGCCGCUUGCUGAGGCUCAGAUAAGUUCAGCCUCUUUGUUCUCGUCUCCACAGUACCCACCCCACCUACAAAGAGCCUACGAUGGACUGGCUUGACUCAAUUUCCCUGUUUCUGCAGAUCACUGCGGUUGCUGAUCCAGAUUAUGAAGGACGACUCUAAAGCAUCUUAUGGUCCAUCGCCAGAUCUGACCUUCGGCGUCGCCGUGGUGCCAUACGACGGCUCAUCAUCAGAUAACUCGACUUUAUCCACCGAUAUCUCUUUCGGCUUGGACUACGACUCUGCUUUCGACUUUUACGAACCCUCCAGUGCGCUUGGGAAAAAGAAGACCGGGUUUCUUUAUCAGCCUGUUGCUGGUCGUUGCAGCUUAGGAUAUGCCAGCGAGACUAAUGUUACCCGUAUCGCGGAUCUUCCUGAGAAUUCAAAUCUCAUUGCCCUGGCGCCGUUGGGAUCGGUACAGUGCGGAGCUUCCUUCAUAAACCAGGCAGUGGAGGAUGGCGCCGAGGCGUUGAUUUUUUACGACUACGCCGGCGGCUGGAGCAGUCUUACAUUCAACUAUCAGGACGACUCGGCCGAGUUAUCGUUGAUCUCAGACACAAACAUGCGCUCGUACUCGUCGUUAUCAGUUUACUACGUCACCGGUAAAAUCGGUUCCGAGCUCGUCGAGCAGCUAGAAUCAUACUCUGGGAACUUGACUGAUGUGCCUAAUGGCGAUAAGCUGAAAAGUGACUAUGAUUCUCGCGAUUACGUCCGCGUCUUUGUCGAGAUCCAGUCGCAUGGCUCGCACCAUCUGGCCGCUCUCUUUAUCUAUAUAAUAGUCGCAGUGGUAGCUGUUUUGGUAUUGUUAGCCGCGGCGUCGGUCAUCGUGCACCGUGUCCAGGCUCAAAGACGGAAGAAUCUUCUCAGAAGGCUGAAAAACGGCGAGAUUGAUCUCGCGGCGGUGGGUAUUAUACGAUUGACCGUGCCGAGGGGUAUACUUGAUACCUUCCCGACCCGGCUCUAUGUGCCUACUAGCGGUGACAGUGAGUCGGAUCUGCAGCCUGAAGAGACGAAUGUGACGACAAAGUCCGCGGAAAUGAUAGUGACAGCCGCGGAGGUCGCAGGAUUCCACCAGCAAUCAUGUCCGAUCUGUCUUGAGGACUUCAGAGUUAACGAGUCGCUUGUCAAACAAUUGCCGUGCGAGCACAUCUAUCACGUCUCAUGCAUUGAUGAUUUCCUGGAACAUCACUCUUCCGUCUGUCCGCUCUGCAAGCAGUCUGUGCUGCCAAAGGGGUACAUCCCGCCGACGCUACAGAUCACGAACGCAACCGUCAAACGCGAACGUCUAUUGCGACAGGACCGCGAGCGCGGCUUGAUUUCAGAUGACACUGUCGAGUUUUUGAGUAACGAUAGACGGCACGAGUUGCAAGCAAAGGUGUUUCGUGAAAGGUGGGGCGGUGGCGGACGACAAGCGCUUCCGCGGAAAUGGACUCGAGUUGCGCCAGAUGACAAUGAUGACGAUACGCUCGAGUUGAACGAGCUUAGGCUGCAGUCUACCAGCGCUGGCGAGUCAAUUUCGGGAACUACCGCGUAUACCGACGACGAGGAUACCAGCGAGUCAGAGUAUUCGCAGAAAGAACCGGAGCGGGCGAGGCGGCAACUUACGAUACUGCAGAGGACGCAUUUGCCGGCUAGGGAGGAGCCUGGGGCUAUUGUGGCUCCUGAUGGAUCUGUGAUUGUAGUAAGAUCUAGCGUGAAGGAAGAGGCGGGGCAGAAGAGUACUAUAAAGCAGAUUUUGCAUUUAUUGUUCCCUUACAUUUUUUGAUUUGCUAGACUACUCUAAUAAUUUGUAAUUCAAAGAUCAUUGCUGG